GUGUUUGGGGGAUCGGUGUGGCCACUCAGAAGGUGAAUUUGAACCCGGUGCCACUGGGUCGAGACAGUCACAGUUUGGUGCUUAGACACGAUGGCUCCAUAUACCACAACAACGAGGAGAAGAACCGAUUACCUGCCAACAGCCUGCCUCAGGAGGGGGAUAUAGUGGGGGUGACCUAUGAUCACGUGGAAUUGAACCUGUACUUAAAUGGAAAAAACAUGCAUUGUCCAGCCUCAGGUAUUCGAGGGACUGUGUUCCCCAUAGUUUAUG